AUGGCUCACCAAACCACUCUUUUGAUCCCCCAUUAAUCCCCUCCCUUUUUCUCCUUUCACUAUUCCAUGAAAAAUGAGCGCUUCAUUGGAUUCCGACUCGGGAUUCGUUGACUCCAAAGAGGUGACCAGAUUCGGGUAUGCGAUUGGAGUUUCCGCCAUAAUCCUCUUGAUUAUGAUCGUCAUCGCAUUGGCUUCCUACGUUUGUGGCAAGGCUCUCCAAUCACCGCAAGCCCCGCCGUUUAGUAGCGACAUGAUCGAUCCCGAGAGCUUUUUCGUUGAUGACGGUGGUGGUCUUGAUGAGGAAACAAUUAAAAGCUACCCGAAAUUGAUGUACUCCGAGGCUAAGCUAUUGAAGUGUGUCGACCAUUGGUUGCGGUUGCAAUCGACGUGUCCCGUUUGUCGGACGUCUCCAAUCCCAACACCGUUGUCGAUGCCACCUGCCGAUGAUCACGUUGCUCCAUUGCCGAGCAGGCCCGGUGAUUGACAUGAAGAAUAGUGUUAUUUUGUUAACUUUUUUCCCCUCAAUUCUCAUUGCCAUUCAUGAAGUGUAAAAUUGCUGUUAACAUGAGGAUGGUAAAAAAGUUAUUUCCGGUUCUCUUACACAUCUGAAUUUUGGAUUGUCACACACACAGAGCAAACGUUUUUAUGAGAAAUAAAUCUGUCUAUUUUGACUCGAA